UAAAAAGUAAUGGUUUGGUGUUAAAAUCAUCAUUGAGUGAAUUGCACAUCAAUAACUUAAAAAAAUGGCAGUCAAGACUAUUGUUCUUUGCGCUCAGUUUUUCGUAAUCCAGUCGGUGCUUGGAAACCCAAUCCUUAACAGAAACCUGCCAUCAGCCAUCUCUGGUAUAAGCGGUACUACGGUGGUCGAAAACACCGUCGCUGUUAAUAACAAUGCUAUUGGCGGUAAAGGUUUGAUCAACAAUGGUCUAAUUGGUUCUGGACUCGGAUUGGCUAACACUGGAUUAAUCGGCUCUGGAGUCGGUUUAGCCAACGCUGGAUUGAUCGGUUCUGGAAUCGGUUUGGCCAACACUGGAAUUGUAGGCACUGGUUUGGCUGGCGUCGGAUUAGCUAACCCUGCCUUAAUCGGUAGCACCAUACUGCCUGCCCCUGCCCCUGGAUUCCUCGACUUUGCCACAAUCACCGCCAGAGACAAUCUCCCCAUCUUCAGCUUCUCUCCCCUCGCUCCAACUGGUCUCACUGUUGUGUCGGAGAACAUCAUCGAAGGACCUAUGGCAAUCGCUGGACAGUUGCCGUUCCUGAGCGCUGUAGCGUUCGAAGGUGCUCUGCCGUCUGAAGGUGCGGGCGCUGCUGGCUGCGGCUGUGGCACCAGUGCUAACAUUGGUAUCAUCAAGGAGAGCUAUGAACCCCUCGUGCCCCCUGCUCUGGGUGGAUUCAACUAUGGAGCUGGAUAUCCUCUGGUCUAUUAAAAGAUUUCGUCUCAAUCUUCUCAACUUUCUCAAUAAAUUUAAUUCCUAAUAUCAGCAUUAUAA